CACACCGACGGAGGAGAGAGGAUACACACACCUGUUGAACAGCAGCGGUCUGCUUUGUACACACGCUGAAUUCACUUGUUUCUUUCCCCGGAUAGUUUCAGAGUGUGAGCUUUCAGGAUGACAGACACGCUUUUACCAAACGGCAUCAAAGACAGCGGAGGGGACAGCACUUAUUUCAAAAAGGGUUGUAACCCGUUCGCACAGACUGGACGAAGCAAACUGCAGAAUAAGCGAGCCAGCCUGAACCAGCAGAUCAUCAAACAGAUGAGGAUGAGGGCUGGAGCUGAGAACCUGCUGAAGGCUACAUCUAACAACAAGGUUAAAGAGAUGGUUCUGUUGGAGUUGAGCUACGUUAACUCCAACCUGCAGCUGCUGAUGGGACAGCUGGAAGGACUCAACAGCUCAGUGGAGGUCUACCAGAACAUGCAAGAAACAGCCAACAUCCCCCUCAUUGCUCUUGGUCUGAAGGAGACAAAAGACAUCGACUUCUCCACUUUUUUCAAGGACUUCAUCUUGGAGCACUACAGUGAAGACCGAAAUAGCUUUGAAGAUGAGAUUGCUGACCUGAUGGACCUGCGACAGGCCUGCAGAACACCAAGUCGGGAUGAAGCCGGGGUGGAACUGCUGGCAAAAUACUUCGGCCAUCUUCCUCUGAUGGAGAGCCGAUUUUUCUCCCCAUCACGCCAGACUGGCAUCUUCUUCACCUGGUAUGACUCCUUCACAGGAGUACCAGUAUGCCAACAGAACCUGUCACUGGAGAAGGCCAGCAUCCUCUUCAACAUGGCCGCCCUCUAUUCUCAGAUCGGUACCCGAAGUAACAGACAGACGAUAGCCGGCCUUGAAGAGGCCAUCUCUUCCUUUCAGAAGGCGGCAGGUAUCCUGAACCACCUGAAGGAAACGUUCACCCACACCCCCAGCUACGACAUGAGCCCGGCCAUGCUCAGUAUGUUGAUUCGGAUGAUGCUAGCUCAGGCUCAGGAGUGCCUGUUUGAGAAGACUGCGCUGCCUGGGAUCCGAAACCAGUUCAGUCCCCUAAUGAAAAUGGCUCAAGAGGCUGCAAAGGUCUCUGAAAUCUACGACCAUGUUCAUCAGUCCAUGAUCCAGACACCAAUCAAAGACAAUGUCCCAUUCUUCUGGUCCACCAUGUCGCAAGUCAAAACCAACCACUACCGCUCCAUGGCACACUACUUUGUAGCCUCAGCUCUCCUGGACCACCAGUUGGGUCUCAGUGACGAUGAAGACCAGCAGGAGAAGACCCUGUCUCAGGUCUAUGACCGUCUUCCUGAGGGACGCUCUCCUCUCGACAUCCUGAAAAAGAAAGAAGAACGUGAACGCAUUGGUAAAGCACACAUUCGUCGAGCCAUACUGGGUCACGAAGAGGCUCUAAGGAUCUACAGUUUGUGCCACCACUUGAACAAGUUGGACGUCCUGCAGGACAUUUUAAAAGCCAGUCACCAGCGGUCGCUCAACAAGUGCAGUGACAGUGAGGAUGAGGAAGAGUUCACUGACUACAUGGAGGCCCCAGACAUCAUCUCUAAAACAGAGCACAAAGCAGAGAUGGAGGUUCCUACAGCCACAAAGGUGAAAGUCACAGACUUCUUCCAGAGGCUGGGCCCUCUGACAGUCUUCUCAGCCAAGCAGCGGUGGACGGCCCCACGCACAAUAUGCCUUUGUACAGAAGACAGAGACCUGGGCUUCACCCUGAAGGGAGAAGCACCAGUCCAGGUGGUUUCGUUGGACCCCCUCUGCCCGGCUGCUGCUGAUGGUCUGAAAGAGGGCGACUACAUUGUUGCAGUGGGCGGCACAGAUUGCAAAUGGUUGGGUGUGAGUGAUGUGAUGCGGCUCCUGAAGGAUGUCAGUGAGGAGGGGAUCGAAAUCCAGGUGAUCAGCGUCAUGGACAGCAACCCUUCAAUGCCUACCAAGAGUGCCACCUUCUGCGGAAACCUGCCUAAGACCUACUCCAUGAUCUGUCUGGCCUAUGACGGCGAAGACAAGAAAUCAAAGUCCCGCAAAGUAACCAAGAAGCCAUCCUUCCUAAGCUGGGGUCUGAAGAACCGCCUGAAAAGCGCCAGCACCCUCAGCCUUCCCACAGCCGACAACUCGGGCGCUCUCCCCUGGAAUAAACCUUGUCCCACCUUCCCCAGCUCCAGCUCCUACAACAACGACAGUGCCCUCUACUGAGCCAGCUGCAGACU